AUGACCCCCCGGGAAUGCUUGCGUUUAGUUCUCAGGGUAGGUGUUGACACCAAUCCCUCCUAUUACCGAAGGAGAAUUGGAACCACUCUCCUCCGACGAGCAACAAGCGACGGACGAAAAGAUGCCGUGAUGCUACUGCUUGAGAAUGGCGCCGAAGUCAACGCCCAGUUCGAAGAAGGUGAAACGCCGUUGGAGAUAGCCUCGCGUAACGGACGCAGAGACAUUGUAUCAAUGCUGCUCACAAAGGGCGCAGAUCCAAACGUCCACUGCGGAGAGUCCAGUGCACUCGAAGAGGCCUGCGCACAAGGAGGAAACGGGGAUCUAGUGGACCUGCUAUUGAAGAAUGGUGCCGACGUCAACGCCGAGAGUGAGAGGUACGGAACGGCACUAAUUGCCGCGUCGAGAAAUGGCCAUCUGGCAGUAGUCAAAACGCUGCUCGAGAAUGGUGCUUGCAUCAGUUUUCGACACAAGGGAUACGGAACCGCGCUUCAGGCAGCAGCGUCGCAUGGUCAUUUCAACAUCGUGGAAUUGCUCCUCACGAAGGGCGCAGAUGUAAACUCUGAGCCCGGGUAUUACUAUUUCGGAACGCCAGUUCAAGAGGUAUUGAGGCAAGGCCACUUGGAUAUUGCCAACCUAUUGAUCGACAAUGGGUCUAUUGAAGCUUUCCAUGGCCGUGAAUAUGACGAAACCCUUCUACAAGUGAUUCAGAAAGGUCGCUUGGAUAUCGUCAAUUUUCUGUUGAAACACGGGGCCGAUGUGGACUACAGCAGCGUGUGGGACGGCACAGCACUUCACCAAGCGGCAUCCUAUGGGAACCUUGAAAUUGCGAAACUGCUAUUGGAAAAUGGUGAAGAUGCAAACAUUCCAUUUGAAAAAUAUGGAACUGCACUGCAGGCUUCUCUGAUCUGGCGGCAGGAACGUGUCGCCGACUUACUUCUCAAAGUGACGACGAACGUGAACGAAAAGGGCACGUAUGGGUCGGCCCUCCAACUAGCAGUUUCUCAUGGAUAUGCAACAAUGACCAAGACACUGCUUGAAAAGGGAAUAGACCCAAACGCACAUGAACAUCGAGGACGGUGGAUCCCUAUUGAAACAUCGGUUGAGCAUCGAUAUCCCAGAGAUUACCGUUACUGGCCCGGCCCAGCCAGCUCAUCCGUUGAGCGUUUAGAGGGACUAGACUCAGAGAUGCGGUUCGAACCAGAGAAGAACCCCGCUUGGAGAAGAAUUUGGCCACCACUGCACGAGGCCAUCGUACAGGGCCAUGAGGCUAUUGUAGAGCUGCUGCUUGACCACGGAGCCGACAAAAGCCUUUGCCACGCAGAGUACGAGAAUGCUUUGGAGGCAGCGAUAGACCAUGGCAGAGAUGGUCUCGUCGAGCAAGUGAGCCAAGACACCACAGACGUAGUGGGCUAG